AUGGCCAAGUCAGUCAAUCCAUCAGUUGGCUGGUUGGUUCUCCGCUGGCCGACGUGGCUGCCCUCGCCAGGCGUUCAUUUCCCAUCCUCCAUUCCGUGCUUUUUGCCCUUUGGCUCUCUUCUAUCUUCCGUUGCGACGGACUUUCUGCGCCACGCGCAUUUCCCUUUCCCUCCCACUCACUUGUAUGUAGGUGGGAGGAUGCCGUGUGUCAUCUCGGUCGCUUCAUACCCUGAAACCCUCCCUUGUGCUGCAAAGCCUGGCGUCAUCUGCUAUGAUCCACGGCCCCCUUCCACAUUCCCUCCAUUCAUUCGCUUUCUCACCCCUCUCGGAUUGUUCCAGGGCUGA